ACCAGUGUAAACAGAGUGAGGCAGCAAUGCGUCAAACGCGCCUAGUCUGCCAUUAAAAUGGAAAACAGGAAGAAGAAGAAGAAGAAGAAGAAGGAAGGCCGCUUAUCUGAUCUCUCUCUCUCUCUCUCUCUUUUUUUUUUUUUUUUUUUUUUUAAAGCUAAUCUUACCACGAAGGCAACAAGUUGUAGCCAAUUGCAGGGAGAGUGGGACAGGCCAUGCUAUCGCUAUCCUAGGAAAAAGCAGCGGGGAGAACAAAAAGUAAAGAAGAAGAGACGAAUUCGAGCUGCAGGAUGGACAUGUCCAGUAGGCUGGCGGUGUGGCAGCAGCUGGCUGAGAGCUGUGGUGUCAGUACAGUCCAGCAGGGCCUGCAGCAGGUCUGGAGGCUGCUGCUGCUCUGCCUCAUCUGCAGACUCUGUUUCAGACUGGGAGGUGUGUCCACUGUGAAACAUGUCGUGUCAGUGUUGGCCGGGAUGUAUGGCCUCUUCCUGUUUUUUGAGCUGCACAUGCUGUGGGUGCUGUUACUCAGUGUGCUUUGUUACCUCGUUCUGCUCCUCAGCCGACACUCCAGCAGCAGAGGCCUCUUCCUCUCGAUCGUCAUCCUCAUCUACCUCCUCAUUGGCAGAAACUUGUGGAGCAUUGGUCACAGCUAUGUCCGACGUGAUGUCCAGAGAGCUGCAGAGACCUUGGGAAGCACCCUCAGCAUGCCGGGCGUCCGUGUCUGCUGGUUUGGCUGGGGUGGACUGCAGUGGAGAGGCCUUUUCUCCUUCUUUUCCCACUCCCUGCGAGGAAGAGCAGCACCAGAUGUCCUCUUCAUCCACUGUGGCGGCAAUGACAUGGGGAAGGUCAGCAGUGUCAAGCUGGUCAGUAUGAUGAAGGAGGACCUGCACCAGCUUCACCUCCAGCAUCCUGGCAUUAAGAUAAUAUUUUCUUCAUUGGCCCAAAGGUGCAGGUGGGAGGCUGGUGGCAAUCCAGCAAAGAUUGAUAAGGCCAGGAAAUGUGUUUACAGUGUUAUGGCUACAUUUGUUCAUAGUUUAAAUGGUGCCAUAAUUGAGCACCCUCACAUCAGACACAUUCAUCUCACACCUAGGAGAAUUUAUAUGUUUUUAAGUAAAUUAGUUAAUUGUCUUAAAGACCACCUCCGCUCUCAGAUGGUGGUGGCCAUGAAGGUCAUCUCUCUGGCCUUUGACCUUGACAGAGGAACAGUGGGCAGCCUGCCCUCCCCAGCUGAGUUCCUGGGCUAUGUUCACUUUGUGGGCACUGUUGUCUUUGGCCCUUGGAUCAGCUUUUCCAGUUAUAAAAAUGCCAUUGAGGGCAAAAAAAUGAGCUGGUUAUGGCUGUAUAGUUCCUCCCUCAGCCUGUUGAAGAGCCAGAUUUGUCUGCUGGUCUCCACCUGCAUUGCCCCUUACCUCUUCCCUUUGUUAAUCCCCAUCCAUGGAAAUGCAUUCACACAGAAGUGGCUACAUGCUUAUGAGAAUGCAGUAUCCUUCCACUUCAGUAACUACUUUGUGGGCCACCUCAGUGAAGGUACCAGCAUGCUGGCCGGAGCAGGCUUCACUGAAGAAAAAGACAAUAUCAGAUGGGAUAUGAGUGUGGUGAAACCUCUCAGUGUGGAAUUACCUCGCUCCAUGGUGCUGGUAGUGACGUCCUGGAACAUCCCCAUGUCCCGAUGGCUAAAAACCUAUGUCUUUAAAAAUGCCAUGAAACUGGGGACUUUUUCAGCCAUCGUGGUGACAUACACAGCCAGCGCCUUACUGCAUGGUCUGAGCUUUCACCUGGGAGCUGUUCUGCUCUCUUUGGGCUUCAUCACAUAUGUUGAACAUGUUCUGAGAAAGAAGCUUGCAUCCAUCUUCAGUGCCUGUAUCAUGUCCAAGCCCUGCACCUCUGAGUGCAGCCAUCAGCACAAGAAGGAGUAUUGGGUGAUGUUGCUGAACCUGGUUUUCAGCCUCCUGACCAUCUUCCACCUCACCUAUCUGGGCUCCAUGUUUGAUCCUGGGGUUGAUGAACAGGAAGUAGAAGAGGGUUACACAGCCAUCCACACCAUCCAGAGGUGGUCUGAACUGAACUGGGCAAGUCACUGGGUUGUGUUCACCUGCUGGGUCUUCUUCCGUUUAAUUCAGUGACGUCAAAGCAGAUAGGAAGGAUGGCAGACUUUAAAAAUACUUUAUGUAAUGUUAUGGGUUCGUAAUGUCAGGAUGUUGUCAUCUGAUGGCAACAAAAGGACAACGAUCUGCUCAAGAGGAGAGGACUGUGGGACAGGUGGAGAACUGAGUCUAUAAAUACCUACAGUAUACUGUCUGAGCCCAGGCUGUGGGAUUGUUGUCGAAAUGAACUGCAGAAAAGGAUCCAAUGAUUUGACUGCAAUGACAAAAUGACUGGAAGAAAAAAAUAACACUCUGUGUAAGAUCUAAUGGACCCUGAAAAGGCAUUCAUUUACUGUGACCUGUAGACAGCUGUGUGAAGGCAGGCCAGGUUAACUCUAUCUGGACACAACUACCCUGUACAGUUAGUCCUGAUGGAAUGUCCAGGUCCAAAACAUUUCAACUGUUUAGCAUGCUCAGAUACAUUUAGAUUUUUUUAAGGGUCCAUAACUGUUGUUGUUCAUAUGUUCCUCUGUUACAAUGGAAUCUUUCUUACUGCUG